AUGGGCUUUGAUCCUCGAUGUGUAGCCUUUGAAGGCCGUUUGCAUGCUGAUUAUUGCACUGCCGAGUACGUCGGACGUGCAAGUCAUCAAUUAGAUGCUGCAUGUUUUCGCUCAAUCCAUUCUGUGUCUCUCAAUGGACGUUGUAAGAUGUUACGGGUAUAUUACUAUGAGACGCAGAUAAUGGCUACAUUACGACCUGGACAUUCAAUCCCUGGGCUGCACAAUAUACCGGUAUCUACUCGACGUGGAGCGGUACAGGAUCCAGAAACCGGUAGUUCCACAAUACCGCCACAAACCCAUGAAGAGCACAACGAGACGGUAUCCAGUACACGCCGUGAAUCGGUAGAAAUACCGGUACAUUUCAAUCUCAACUUAACAUCCACAACUCGUGAGUCAAUGCCGUUACGAAGAAAUCGAUCACUAGCUCCACGUGGCAAUGAAAGAAAACAAUUUAAUCAUAAAAUAGCUGUGGGAUUUCUUGUGGACGAUGUCGAGCAAAAAGUUGGAGCUCUAGAGUCCAUUUCUACAUCUUUUACGAGGUUUUCAAGGUCCAGUGGCUAUUUGGAAGCUCAAAUGUCACGUCAAGCCGUGAAACAAUUGAUGCAAAGGUUUUUACCUCAUGUUGCAGCUCAAGAUGAGUCUAGAGAAGAGAACCAAGAGAAAAAGAGUGGAGAAAAACAAGAGAAAGUGACUUUUCCUGCAAUUUUACAUGAAGAUUUGGGUGAACGAGUGAAUUCAAUUGCUUAUGUUGGCAAUACAGGUCGUGUUGUUUCUAACGGACGUGAGUUUUUGCAGUGUGAACGAUAUGGAGAAGGAGAUGUGGUUGGGUGCGGUGUCUUGUUGGAUACAAAUACGUUCUUUUUCACGUUAAAUGGUAAAUUAAUGGGCUUGUUACCAGCUCGAGACGUGUAUGACAUGGACCAUUUUGGACAAGUUGAGAACGUGGCACAAGAGGAGAGUGAUGAAGAUGAUUGGGAAAGUGGAGAGGAGGAAAAUGACAAGGACAGUGGAAGAGCAAAUAAGGGUGCUAUGGACCAACUGGACACUGAACAUAAUGGUAAUAUGGAAGAGAUUAAUGGUCGCUAUGAAGAUGAAAAGGUACUGUUUCCGUCCGUGAGUUUACACGGUGUUGGCGAGUGUGUACGCGCAGUAUUUGAACCUGAUGACUUUCAAUUCGAUCUAUUGGGUUUUGAACAGCAGAUUCAAAAAGAGCGCCAACAGGCGUUGCUGGCUGAGCGUGAGAAGCACAAUGACAAUGGUCAUUCAUGUAGUUAUGAACAGUUGUUGUGUAAGGAUGAAGCUGCGACGAACGAGUUUGUGCGGGAUUUUUUUCUUCAUUACGGCUACGAGAGUGCGUACAAAGCAUUUGAAUCAACUGUUGGAUCUUCAAACCGGCAACGAUUGACAUCGAACGAUAUGGAAAUUGACUAUGCGAAUGAAGGUAAACCGAUUGCUGUGAUUCACGACGUAAGCAGUGCUAACGAUACAGAGAACGAAGACAAAGUUUAUGGUAGAGACCCGCAGCUGAGCUUGCAACCUUCAGUGAAACAGAUGCGCGAGUCUCUGAGCCUACGUCACGAAAUGCGUGAGCACAUCCGUAGCUUUCGGACCGCACAAGUGCUUGAAAUGCUUGAGCAACAUGUACCUGCACUCAUGACAAUCGAAAUGGGUCAUUAUUCCCGGCGUGUUAGAAAACUGAUUUUGUAUUGCCGUAUUCUAUGUGUUAUCGAUAUUCUUAUUCACGAUGGAGAAGGAAAGGCGUCAGCUUUGUCAGCAUCGUUGGUGAAUGGUGCACCACGCUCGUUAGACGCUUCGAACCAGGAGAAAGUGGGGUGCAACAGAUGGAAUGCGGAGUCAGCGAUUGCAUUUGCCCGACAGGUAUUUGGGUCUUCUGUCGAGAUAACGGCAAAUGGGAAGCGUAAAAGAUUAGGAUUCAGCAACGGAACACAUGCGAAACGUGCGGAUAGACACGAAGUUGCGCUUGCCAUGAGCUUGCUUCUUUACAACCAGCGCGAGAGCAUACCGGAAACAAGUCGUGCACAAAAAUUCUUGACGUGCGAGUUCCGUGAGUCAGUUGCUGAUGAGCUAAAUAACUUGCUAUUGAUGGGUGAUGAUUAUGCAAAGAUGGAACCGCGGAUCUCAGCGCUAGAAACCUUCAUGACGGAUCUGGACAGCUUGCAAAAAGAGUGUGUGCACCAAGGCUGUCGUGUGUAUCCGGAAAGUGUUGAGGCUACAAGCAAUGGCAAACCUACUAUUACGUCGCGUCGAUGGAGAACCUCGGUAUCUUCUAGCUCGGACGAUUCUUCUUCGAUUCAAACUGAACAGGAUGAUCGCUUCGACGACGACGAUAACGACGAUGAGUAA